CCAAAACCUAAAGUUUCUAACAAGAGUAUAUAUGUGUUCCGUAACCCAGGCUCCGUAUCAUGAAAAAGUACCUGGCAUAAUAUUAAGCCAAUUAAGGAUUCAGGAUUCUGGACCCGUGAGAUGUUUAAGGAAAAAAAUAAUAACAAUAUACACUAUGAAUUAAUUUAAAAGGCUAACUACUAUUUUGACAUUUGUAAUGUCAACAGCUAUUAUAUAUUAACAUUUUGCAUUGUUGUGAUGUGAAUAGAAAACAUCACAACAUCAUGACAUUCAGUGUCAAUAAUAAUGCACACAUAUGGUUUUAGAGUGAUUUUACUGACCCCGUGAAACAGAAACUACUUGUUAGUGUGUAGUACUUUCUGCUAAUUAGUAUUAGUGCGUGGUAUACAAAGACAAAGACUAGAAAACAAAAGAAUUACUAACUGUAGGGGGAUAGUAGGAACUAAUACAAAGUUGUGGCGUGUACAAUUCCACUAUCUAUUUCACGGGUUAAGUAAAACCACUCUAUUGACCAAGCAUGAGUCAAGAUGACUGGAUAUUGGCCAAGUUCUUUUUUUGCAUGUUUAUGGACUGAGAUGGAGUCAAGCCUGUAAUCAUGCAAAAAAGAAUGGGGACAACAUCAAGCCAUGUUGACCAAACAAGCUUUGUCAAAAGAGGAUUUAUUAUAUGGAAAAAGAACACUAUUUUCUUAUGGGACACAGCUGAGGAUCCUAGCGACAGCUUGCUCGCUCAAGUAACCAAUCACAAUGCUGGAUUUGGUUCAUCCUGCCUGCUGACAGAGUUAGCCAUAUAAUAAAGAAUUAUAUUUAUACUAUGUUAAUAAUUUACCCAAUUCCAGCAAAUUUUGAUUAUUUGUUUCUUUUUCUUAUAUUAUACAAUGUAAGUGAGUCAUUUCUUGAAUGUAUGAUUUUUGUUUUAGGUUUGGAAAAUUUGACAGAAAGGGAAAAGUUGAACCUUGAAGCAAUCACCAAAAUACACUUUCAUUUGGAUGAUGAUAGGAAUGGAAAGGUUGACUUGAGUGAAUCAAAUGAGUUUAUGCGAGAUGAACUACAAGUUACUGAUGAGGAACGACACUCACACUUCCAUGGAAAUGAUGACUUGAUCUCUGUGGAUGAACUUUGGCAAAGCUGGAUACAGAGUGAUGUUCACAAAUGGACCAAUGCAGAAGUCAUUGACUGGCUAACAAAUUCUGUUCGUCUUCCACAAUAUGCUGACAUCUUCAGUACUGCAGGAAUCAAUGGAUCAGUUAUACCACGACUGGCAGUAGAGGAGAAUGGUUUACUGCAGAACGAACUGGGAAUAAAGGAUCCAAAACAUCGCAAGAAGAUCGGCUUACGUGCCAUGGAUAUUGUUCUUUUUGGACCACCAUUUGUUUCAGGGCACAGUCUACUGAAGGAUGUUGUUGUAGCAUUCUCUGUGCUGGUUGCUACGGUUGGUUGCUGGAUGGCUGUAUUACAGAAACGUAAAGCCAAAGAACAGAUGGAACGCAUGAUGAAAGACAUGAAAAUACUGCAACAGGCUGAGGAUGGUCUUCAGGAGUUACAGACAAGGUUGGCUAAAGCUGAAGAUGAUCAUCAAAUAGCUAUUGCAGAGAAACUUGAUUUGGAAGCAAGGCUUAAUGAAGAGAUACAGAUAUCAAAGAAUGAAGCCCAGCUGUUGUCUGAAAAUCACACAGGGACAGAAGAACAAAUGCAAAAGCUGAAGCUUGCAGAAGAGGAGUUGGCACAGGUUCGCCGAGCAUUAAGGAAGGCUGAAAAAGAGCUUGAGUACCAGUCAUGGAAGGCACCAUCAGUUCUCAAACAAUGGCUUCAGAUGACAUUUGAUAAAGAAACUAAGCACUUUCAUCAUAAAAGAGCUGUCGCUUUAAAACAAAUGAAGGAAGCAAAAGAAGCGUGCGAGAGAAUCAAGAAGAAAAGAACUAGCUUGAUUGGAUCUCUUCGCCUGGCUCAUGAUCUGUCCAUUGAUGAAGUUGAUCAGAAGAUUCUCGCUGCAAGAUCGGGUCUUGCUGAAGUUACCAAUGAGCUCGAGGAGAGGCAGCAAAGGUGGUCUCAAAUAGAAUCACUGUGUGGAUUUCAGAUUAUGUCGCAGACGUCAUUUGGUAUUGGGAAAGACAAUGGGACACGUUCUCGCUCUGGUUCUGCAAUAGCACAAGCUCUUGUUAAUGUUGCUAAUGUGGCCGGAGUCAGCUCAGGAAGAAAGAUCUCUUCCAGUGCAAGUCCUUGGAAAACAAUUUCAGAAGUCAACACAGCGAUAGAAAGCAAAGAAGAUCUUCCUCCCACGUACUCCACUGCUACUGGCAAUUUAGGUUUACUUAAUGAUCAAAACAAGCCUUCCACCCCCAAAAAAAACUUGGCUGGGCCAGAGUGUGAUGAUCUUUACAGUAGCAGUCAGGAUAUUACGCCAGAAACAGAAGAUGUGUCUUUUAAUCAGAGUGAUAGUCAUCCAAGCCAUCAGUUAGGAGCAGAGGCUAUGAAUGGUGCUACAAAUGUAGUAGAAUCAAAAACAUCAGGCAAGCAUCCAGAACACUUAGUGCUAUCUUCUGGACAGUUAGAAGAAGAUGAACCUGCUGUGAAUGGUGCCCAAUCCGAGUCACCAACUGGGAAGUCAAAAAAAAGAUUGAGCUGGUUUGGAAAGAGACAAGAUUCUACCACCGAAAGUGAAUCUUCUUCAGCACCUGAAAAUGACGAUGAAACCAAAAGAAAGGUCAAGUGGUUGUGGAGGUCAGCAGUUCGCAGGUCAAAGGCACAGAGGAACCCAGCAAACAAAAGAGAAGAUGCUGCACCAAUUGCCACGUCGCUGGAAAAGUUAAAAUCAGGAUGAAACUCAACAGGAGAUAGCUAGUGUUGGGUAUGUGCCUAAUUUGACUACUUCUGUGUAGCGUGUGUUUGGCAGUGAUCCUUUCUGCAAGCAGCUUGUUUUCUUGAAAACUUCUGCAGAUUGUCUGCAAUUGAUGCAGUAGCAGCUUGUGGUUGUCUUGGCCAAGUGCUGUUGCAAACCCACUGGCCAUGUUGGUAUUGUAGAACUUUGUAUCCUCCAAACAGAGUUGUUGAAAGAUAGCAAGUACAUUUGCUGUGCCUAGUUCCUUUUUGGGGAAGAGCUGGAUCUACAUUGAGGAUGUAAUAAAAAAUUUUCUGUAAAGGUGCAAGUUUCUCCAAUUACGUAUAGGGUUUUAACUGGUGUAUAAAUAAUUAUUUUGUUUUAAAAUGACAUGAAAAUAGAGAGGAAAUUAGUUGCAAAAUUUAUACUUAUUAACAAGGUGAUACAUUUUUACAAAGUACAAUGUGUACAGUACAAAGGUUUAUUUGUUGGUUAAGAUAUGUAAUAUACAUAACAUGGUUACAUAGAAUUUACUCCAAGGUAUGUACAAAUGUUUUAAAACCACCAUUUCUCAUAUUGUGAUUUUAUUGGGACAAAGUUGAUAGUUUUUUUUGCAGAUUCUCAGGUUUGUAAGUAAAUAACAUUCAGGUGUACAGGGCACUAACUUUUUAAAAUUGGAACUUUUUUGUGUCAUCCAUACUGUCCGUGUCUGUGGAAAUAUUGUCCCCUCAUAUCAAUUACUUUAUUCACAAGAGGUCCAUUAUUACUAUACACACUUAGGCCCCUGAUGAGAGGACUAUCCUGUUGUAGUGUGCUCUAGAGAUCUCCUUUUGAACUGCUUGGUAAAUUUACAAAAGAAAUGGAAAUUUAGUUGAAGGAAGUCCUAAGUGAAGCUGCCAUGUUCUUUGAAUAAAGAAUGAUGCAUAAUGCAAUCCUCAGGGGUGGAAAAGUGAUACUGACACACAGUUACAUUUGAUAGCCGUAGCAACUAAAGUAACAUAUUUUAAUGGUAUAUUUAGAAAACAGUAAACACGGUGACUCACAAAUUGUUUUGUUGUUCUGACUAGCAUCAGCCCUUGUCAGGAUCAUGAGCAGAGAUUGUGUAUUUCAUUGUCUGGGAAUGUAUUUUGUUUUUCAAACCAUUAAACAAUAGCUCACUUGGUUAUUUGCAAGUGUUUAUGGCAGAGUUAACUUAUAAGAAGGAAGUGAAGUGAGCUAAUGUUUGGUAUUUUGGUAUUUUAUCCGUUUUCUUCUCACUAUGAAGCAAUCGAGGGGAAACCUCCAUAUUUUUCUGCAAGAUUCUCUGAUUUCAAUCCUUAGAGGAAAAAUAACUAAAAUUUCUACUGGUUGUUUGCAAAGUUUGUCCUGUGUAGAGAUUUCCUCUUGAGGAGAAGGAAGUUUCUAUUCCACAGGGUAUCAUUCUUGUGCCCCAGUGGCUGAGAUCUUUCUUUUAAUCACAAAAAGAUUCCAUAAUAGUUGUUAUGCAAAGAUGCAUAACCCUCUUUGUGUUGAGUCAGUGUGGUUUUAACAAAUUGAAUAGAGUUUACGAUAGUUUUCUUUUGUUGAAUUUUUUCUUGUUUUAUUUAUUGAUGGUGUACGCAUUUUUGGUUGUUAAGAGGAAAAGCAAUUGCAAAUUUAAAAGUUGCCAGGGUAACUUAAGACUUCGUAGUGUCAGGACAUUUUUUUAAUUGGAUCACAAUGUCUUGGGAGGCUAAAAUCAGAAUUUUAUUCUUGUUAUACAUAAUUUGUUUUAAGGAAGAAUCCACCAGAAGUUUGAGUAACAAGUGGACAAAAACUUUGUAUCANA